AUGUCUGAGAUCCGGACACAGUCACCACAGGGCCAAAGUCUAGCCUACGACUUCAAGACCACGCCGACAAAUGGCUCCAGCACCCCGAGGACGAAUGGAAGCGCGAUAUAUAACCUCGAUGUCUCGUCCCCCAGCAUCAACAUCUCAAACAUAGAUGACUUGAAUGGCGAUUACUACACACUCUCAAAGACACCUUCUCCUCCACCCCAGCGACCGCUGCGGCAGAGACUAGUCGGGACCUGGCGCCUAGAAGCCUACGUCGCCUACCCGACCCCCUCAAGCCGCUUCCAACGCCCAACCUUCCCAAUGACAAAAAAUGUCACCGGCCUCAUCAUGUACACGCCCGACGGCUACAUGAGCGCUCACAUGCUGAUCCCGGGCCAAAUGUCCUUCAAGCGUGGUGAGGGCGAAGAACCACAAUGGGCAGAAGCGGGCAAACGCUCAUUCUCGUAUGCGGGUCCAUAUUAUAUCACCGAUGAAGGCAUGGGCAGAGAAGAGAUUCUGAGACACACAUUUCAGGUUUGUAAUCUACCAGGUUGGAUAGGCGAUAUCCAGGUUCGAACGUGGAAGUUUGAGGAAGACGAUAACGUGUUGGUGCUCGGAAGUGAGGAGCCUACAGAGAUUAGGGUGAGUUCUUUUUUUCUUUUUCUGACACCCAACCUUAUGAUAAGUGCAUGUGUGUUGACUUUGUGCUACAGNGGCGACCAAAGAAUCCCAGUCCUGAAAUGGCGAAGGGUUAUCGACAAUUCGAACGGCAGCCCGCCGGCGCCUAUGCCUCACAUCAAAGUCAGUGGGCCGGGCGAGCCAUGA